GGGAGGCACCCGGCUCACUUUUCCACAUCACUUCACAGUUACAUUUGGCAGGCAGGCGGGCUCGCACGCCGGAGCGCUCAGCCCAGACUUAGUGGAUUUAUUUGGAAUCUCCCUGCCUCCUCGAAGCUGGUCGGCCGCCGCCGGUUUGUGCACAGACGGUAGCGUCAACGCACCCGCUGCACUUUGGGCUGCCGACACCCAGAGCCCAGUGUGCCCUCACCGCGUCUCUGCACCCAGCCCCGCAGCUCCGAGAGGCAUGAACGGAAUCCGGAGGCGCCUGCCCAGCGCGCGGGGACCAGCUGGCGCUCGCCGCCCUCGGAAGCCGACCUGUAGCCGCUCCAGCCAUUUGUGAACCCGGAGGCUUGAAAUUCGCCAGCGCGGAGCCCCACUAGAUCUUCCAGGGCUUGGCGUGAAUUGUGCUGGGCAACACAUUGAACUGCAUCCCUCGUGCUCCUGAAAUACCACUUUGAAUUCAAUGUGCAUUUACCUGUUUUGAAGCAGCCUGCUAAUGGCUCUAAAUUCAAGGGAAAUUCAAUGAAGAGGAAAGUCAGUGGAUCGUGGUUUUAGGAAAACUGCUUAGAUUAUGUCAGCUUCCCGUACUAUAAACACGUGGGCAGAGCUGUAAGUAAAUGCCCCGCACUGCACGAUGAAUUGGAUGGCUGCAGACCGGAGGCAAGAGAAAUAAUUGUCUCGAUUUCGUGGUGAUUUGCUUAACUGGUGGGACCAUGCCAGAGCGGCUAGUGGAAAUGCUUUUGGAUCUCUGGACUCCAUUAAUAAUAUUAUGGAUUACUCUCCCCCCUUGCAUUUACAUGGCUCCGAUGAAUCAGUCUCAAGUUUUAAUGAGCGGAUCCCCUUUGGAACUAAACAGGCUGAGCGAAGAACAGCGGAUUUUGAACCGCUCCAAAAGAGGCUGGGUUUGGAAUCAAAUGUUUGUCCUGGAGGAGUUUUCUGGACCUGAACCGAUUCUUGUUGGCCGGCUUCACACGGACCUGGAUCCUGGGAGCAAAAAAAUCAAGUAUAUCCUAUCAGGCGAUGGAGCUGGGACAAUCUUUCAAAUAAAUGAUGUAACAGGAGAUAUCCAUGCUAUAAAAAGACUUGACAGAGAAGAAAAGGCUGAGUACACCCUAACAGCCCAGGCAGUGGACUGGGAGACAAACAAACCUCUUGAGCCUCCUUCUGAAUUUAUUAUUAAAGUUCAAGACAUCAACGACAAUGCACCAGAGUUUCUUAAUGGACCCUAUCAUGCUACAGUGCCAGAGAUGUCCAUUUUGGGUACGUCUGUCACGAAUGUAACAGCUACUGAUGCUGAUGACCCAGUGUAUGGAAACAGUGCAAAGUUGGUUUAUAGCAUCUUGGAAGGGCAGCCUUAUUUUUCCAUUGAACCCGAAACAGCUAUUAUAAAAACUGCCCUUCCCAACAUGGACAGAGAAGCCAAGGAGGAGUAUCUGGUUGUGAUUCAAGCCAAAGAUAUGGGUGGGCACUCCGGUGGCCUGUCGGGGACGACGACACUUACAGUCACCCUUACUGAUGUUAAUGACAAUCCUCCAAAAUUUGCACAGAGUCUGUAUCACUUCUCAGUACCAGAAGAUGUGGUUCUAGGCACUGCCAUAGGAAGGGUGAAGGCCAAUGAUCAGGAUAUCGGUGAAAAUGCACAGUCAUCAUAUGAUAUCAUUGAUGGAGAUGGAACAGCGCUCUUUGAAAUCACUUCUGAUGCCCAGUCCCAGGAUGGUAUUAUAAGACUAAGAAAGCCUCUGGACUUUGAGACCAAAAAAUCCUAUACACUGAAGGUAGAGGCAGCCAAUGUCCAUAUUGACCCACGUUUCAGCAGCAGGGGGCCCUUUAAAGAUACGGCGACAGUUAAAAUCGUGGUCGAGGAUGCUGAUGAACCGCCCAUCUUCUCUUCGCCAACUUACCUCCUGGAAGUUCAUGAAAAUGCCGCUCUAAACUCCGUGAUUGGGCAAGUGACCGCUCGUGACCCUGAUAUUACUUCCAGUCCUAUAAGGUUUUCCAUCGACCGGCACACAGACCUGGAGAGACAAUUCAACAUUAAUGCAGAUGAUGGGAAGAUCACGCUGGCGACACCACUUGACAGAGAAUUAAGUGUAUGGCACAACAUAACCAUCAUUGCUACUGAAAUUAGGAACCACAGUCAGAUUUCUCGAGUACCUGUUGCUAUUAAAGUGCUGGAUGUCAAUGACAACGCCCCUGAAUUCGCAUCCGAAUAUGAGGCAUUUUUAUGUGAAAAUGGAAAACCCGGCCAAGUCAUUCAAACAGUGAGCGCUAUGGACAAGGAUGAUCCCAAAAAUGGACAUUAUUUCUUAUACAGUCUUCUUCCAGAAAUGGUCAACAAUCCAAAUUUCACCAUCAAGAAAAAUGAAGAUAAUUCCCUCAGCAUUUUGGCAAAGCAUAACGGAUUCAACCGCCAGAAGCAAGAAGUCUAUCUUUUACCAAUCAUAAUCAGUGACAGUGGGAAUCCUCCUCUGAGCAGCACCAGCACCCUGACCAUCCGGGUCUGUGGCUGCAGCAGUGAUGGUGUUGUCCAGUCUUGUAAUGUUGAAGCUUACGUCCUUCCAAUUGGACUCAGCAUGGGCGCCUUAAUUGCCAUAUUAGCAUGCAUCAUUUUGCUGCUAGUCAUUGUGGUGCUGUUUGUAACUCUGCGACGACAUAAAAACGAACCAUUAAUCAUCAAAGAUGAUGAAGACGUGCGGGAAAACAUUAUUCGCUAUGAUGACGAAGGAGGAGGGGAGGAGGACACAGAGGCUUUUGAUAUUGCAACUUUGCAAAACCCAGAUGGAAUUAAUGGUUUUUUGCCCCGUAAGGAUAUUAAACCAGAUCUGCAGUUUAUGCCAAGGCAAGGGCUUGCUCCAGUUCCAAAUGGUGUUGAUGUGGAUGAAUUUAUUAAUGUGCGGCUACAUGAGGCAGACAAUGACCCAACAGCCCCACCAUAUGACUCCAUUCAGAUUUAUGGCUAUGAAGGACGGGGGUCUGUGGCUGGUUCCCUUAGCUCCUUGGAGUCCACCACAUCAGACUCAGACCAGAAUUUUGACUACCUCAGUGACUGGGGUCCCCGCUUUAAGAGACUGGGUGAACUCUACUCUGUUGGUGAAAGUGACAAAGAAACUUGACAGUGGAUUAUAAGUAGAUCAGCAAACUGAAGAUUCUGUAAUAUUCUAGGGUCACCCCCCCAUUAGUUACCACCAAUGUGGCUAUUUGUUUUAGAGGCAAGUUUAGCACCAAUCAUCUAUAAACUCAACUACAUUUUAAUGUUGAACCAAAAAAAUAAUAAAAAGUAUAUGUUAGGAGGUUAUAAAUCUUGUGGAGUGUGAAUUAAAAUAUGUGGAGUGUCUAGAAGUCUUUGGAUAUUUGAUAUUUACCUGACCAUCACUGACAAAGAUUGGGAUCCUGGCUAAUCCUUAGAGAAAUGGUUUUAAAAGAGGAAAUAAAAUCUAAAUUAAAAAGGUGCUUUCUUAGAAAAAUGGACCUGCAAGAAAUAUGCUGCUGAUAUGUGUCUUCUGCAAGGAUUUAAACAAAUGUAAAGUGGUUUUCCCCCUUUGCCAACAAGGAUCCCGCCACAAAUGUUAAAGCAAUACUUGGUCUGCUGUACAUUAUGACUUUUUGGAGUUUGGGGAGGCCUCCUAGAUUACACGGUACGGUGACCACACACAUUGUACAUAAAUGUUGGCCCUGCUCACCCGAGACUGACUAGCAUCUUUAAAUAUUGUGUCGAGCCUUAAAAUCCAUUCCAGGGUGGGGAUUGCCAACUCAGUGGUGGGAGGAGAGAAAAACCCCGUUAAAAAAAGACUUGUUUUUUAGAAGCAGGUUUACUCUUUCCUUCCACGUCGUCUUCUUCAACAAGGACACAUAACAAGACUGUAUCACACAGUGGACUACAUAGGAGACAGAUGGUUUUAUUGCUAGUGCGUGGAUUUAUUUGUUUAAUCAUCAAAAUAAAUAUUUUAUUGCUGUCCAUUAAUGAUUUUAUUUAUUGAAGUUGGUUAUCUAUAGUUUAAGGGACUAUAUGGAAAAAACUAAAUUACAUCCAUUAAUAAUCCUUUAGAUUGUUUUAUAUAUAUAUAUCUAUAUAUAUACACACACAAUGAAUGUUUAAUACAUGUACAUUUUGGUGAGAUGAGUAUGGCAGGCAAUAUAAUCAAAAGGGGAGCUAACAGUCUCCUUGGAAUAGAAGUGAUAUUGUAACUGAUGAUGGCAGGAAUAACAUUUUCCCAGAGAAACUUUUGGACUGUUUUCUAUUUUGUUCAUUAUUCUAGUAUUUGGUGUUUUUACUACAAGCACAAACAUAUGAAACUAUAUUGAUUCAUGUGAAUAUUUAAACUCUAGACUUUUAGAUAUCUACAUAAUGCCCAGCUCAAUAAACCUGCUUCAAGUUAUCCCCACUGUAUUAGAGCAGGAACUGAUUUGUACAUAAUUUUACUGCUUAUGUUUUUAGCAUUUCUCUCCCUGAUCUUCCUGGUGAUGUGAAGAAUGUUUUAGAUUACAAAGAGAACAGCACUAGAUGAUGUGAGCAUAUUAAAUUUGUAAUGCAAACCUGCCACUUAGGAAUAGAAAAUGUAUGAUAAAACGCAAUUAUUACAUGCAGAUCAUUUUAAUUUUCUACUUUGCUUUAAUGCAAUAUUGUUUAUUUACUCCAUGUAUUGUAUUCAGAGAAACUCCUGUAUUGUUUCCUACUUUGUGAAAUAUAUUUUUAUA